CGCCGCGCGCGGCAACGUGGCGUCGCGAGGCGCGAGGGCACGCGAGAGUGCGCGGAUUGUUUUCAUUGCGAGUAGAUGAUGUGCGAGCACGCGACGAUGGCGACGAGGACGUAUGGGAUGUAUCCGGUGCGGCCGGUAGUCAACCUACUCAACGAGAGUGUAAUCUGCGGACGCUUUUCGAUGUACAAAAUGCGAAAUAUUCACGAGGACGGACUUGACGACCGUUGCCCCGACGUCGUCGCCACCGACGUCGCCGACGCCGUCGACCUCGCCACGGGAGCCGAGAUGCCCGACAGCAUUGCCACGCAGGUUAUCUGCCUUCUGCAGGCAUCUAGGUCGGAACACGGAACGUUGGAAGCUAGGCAAGAAAAAGUUCUCGAUCAAUUGGCAGAACUUAAAAAGCAGAUCUAUAGACUACAAUGUGUCGUGAAAGAGUCUUAUCAGAAACCUAAGAAAGAUUUGGUCUCAGUUCAGAAACCAAUCUUCGUCGACCUAGUGUUAAAUGUGAAUCCAAGCAAGCCGCCAUAUUCAUUACUCGCUUUACAGAAACUUUGGAAGGACACUAACUUUAAAGUGAAAGCGUAUACUCAUUCUACUACAAAGGGUCAGAUACCUAUUGUUUUUCCUGAAACUACUAAUAAUAUCGCAAAUAUCGUAGAUGUAACAUUGAUAUGGAAAGAAGUCUCGAAUAUGGAAGUUGUCACAAAAAUUUCUCAUUCUUGCCCCAUAAAGGGCGAAGUCAAUUUUCUCAGAUAUGUGAACAGGAUGAUAGAAUCACAUAAUUACGAAAGCACAUGCUCACAACCACAUACAUUAGACUUCGCGCUUGACUUCGUUAAUUCGUUAUACAAUGAGCGACGUAUAGAAAAGGGAUUGCUUGUAUUAGCCCGUGACUUUGAGAAAUGGUCCUGCAAGGGUGGAUUCAACAUUGUUGACAUUGCAGUCUGGUCUCUAAUUAAACAGUUUCCUGGAACAAGUUUACCGCCGACCCUUCGCGAAUGGUAUACCCUAUGCGAAACGACUUUUACAGAAACAUAAAUCGUGACAAAUAAAUCGUUUCUCUUUUAUAAAAACUUUGAUAUGUUAAUAAAUGGAUAUGAAUAUAUUGUUUUUCAUUUA